GCUGUAUCAGUUCGAAAGCAACAACAGUGCCUGAUGCAGCUGCGUAUGUUUUUGUGAGUAAGUUGAUUUGGACAGAAAGAAAUGAGUCUAGUUUCCGAAAUUCCGAUAAUUGAAGGUCCCCUCCUUCGAAACUCGAACGACAACUACUAACGCAUUAUAGCAUUAUAGCAUCUGCGGGUCUCCCUCAACCCUUUCCUCUCAUAGUCAUUGUCAAUCGUUUACUUCACCCGUUUUGCUUUUGUGUAUCUUUUCGUUGAAGGUCGAUCACGGAUAUCCAGCUCUAGAUCUACCACGGCAUACCCAUUUUCAAAUGGGUAGACGUAGAUGGAAGUGUUGUAGUGUAGACGCGUUACAGAGUAGAUCUAGCAGCCUGUAGUUUCAUCAUGAUGAUAAUGUAGACUCUGAGGAGAAAAUGAAAUAAGUAAAGAAAUAAAGAAAAAGGGAACAGCAACAGCACUCGUCACGACAUAUGUUGCUCGUUGAAAAAAAAAUGGCGUAGGAUACCGUACCGGUGGCUGAGUAGGCUUCUGGUAAAUGGCCGAAGCUUUCCAAUCGGACAUUCGCAUUGACGCGAAGCAGAAAAGGAAUGGCGCACUUUUGAAGAAUUUUGCGACAGCCACAACUUGGACAAGCGGCGCUUUUAUUCCGUGCUACAAAUACAAUCCUGAAGGAAUCUUCACAAACUUGAAUGUAUUGUUCCCAGUGAAGACACCAGUAGAAAUAAAGCAAACAACAUCGUCACAAAGACCAAAAUCGUAUCAACUACGGCACGAAAACCACGUCGAGAGGAACGUAAUCAUCGCCCCCCUAGCCCGCGAUAAUUCGGGAAAAUUGCGGCGUCUUCCUCGGGCGUUUCGGCCGGUCUGGCCCGUAGCCAGGUAG